AUGACCUCUAUAGAAAUAGACAGGUCGCUGAUUGAUAUCGACUACAACUAUGAAGAGGAAGAUACAAGUGACGUCGAUAAAGAACUGCGUCCAGUAAUUCGUCGCACUGCGAAGCAUAUAGCCGCCGGUGAGGAGAGGCCGAGAAUCAACUCAAGUCAACAGACUACGCCUAUUGACGAAUGCCCUCCGGAGACAUGCGUUGAGGAAACCCAAACAGAUCCUCCCGCGCCUCUUACAAGCGAAGAAAGUGACGCACCUGAUAGUGAGGGCAAACUGUCAACCGAAAGCUCACCGCUGCGACGCCGUAGGGGAGGCAUACUCAAGGGAGGACGGCUGUGGAAAUCCCUUGACGCUGAUAAGGACUUCAAUGAACAAAACGACGAUCAGAGAUCAACUACAACUGCCAGCGAUGAAGACGGCUCGGUCACACCUAGAUCUGUACGUUUCGUGGAAAGACCCCAGGAGUCAAAGGAGGAAGAGCCUAUUCCACAGACAGAGCCGGAGUCAGCGCCAGCGUCCGACGAUGAGAUGCCCAUUCAAAAGGACACGACCGCUAAUACCACACAUAGAUUGGAAACACCAUUGAUUCUUACAAUUCAAACACCGAAGACAAACUCCGCGGUUCAACAAUUGUUCAACAGCAACAGGCCGCCGCCGCCCGCUAUAGAACCGCAGCUCAUCACAUCCGAAACUUUGAGGGCUUGGGACGCUGGUGUGCGACCGAAAGCAGAAGAUGUCGCUGUUAGACGUGUUGCUGAAAGAAAUGCUCUUCGCUGCUCAUUACUGCGCAGCGAGGCAAGGAAGAAACAGCAAGCAAAGCAAGAAACAACAUCGCUGGCAGAACGUAUACGUCUUCUUACUUGUGACGUGGAGGACGAGCCGGCCGAAGACCGCGCAUCUUCAGCGAACGUUAACGUUGACAAGCUGUCAACUAGCAGCGACAAGUCGAGCGACAAAUCGUUCACCAGCAUGGAUAAGAACAGCGAGAAGGCAUUCGGAAGCGCUUCAUCCAGCUCGUCAUCUUCUACACUGUCAGCUCCAAUGCUCGUACGACAGCACCCACCAGAUCUAGGUGACGUUCAUCAUGAACAACCAAAGCCAAGGCCGGAGCCCAGACGUCAGUUCCUGUCUACAUUGGCACCGCUAACAGCGUGCGUCGGUAACGCCGCUCACCACGAGGGCUUCUACUAUGUGCCACCAGGAGACAGGACCUCAGCAGCUACUAACAAUGACUACAAAGAUCAUAAUGAAGCACCAGCUCCUGACGUGGUCGCCGGAACUCCUGGCGCCAACGACGGUGACGAUGGAUUGGCUGCAUUCGCCAGAGCAAGUGCACCACGAACUGAGCGCAUACGACAACGAUACGGUCAAGAUUCACAUCCCGUCAGCAGCGAUGAUGAACAUGAUGAUUACGGCUUCCACCGUCGACCUGCAGUCCGGGGCAUUGCGGUCAAACAGCAGCUAGGCACAUCGAACGAUAUGCUGCAGCAAAUGCAGAACGAGUUGCAGCCAACAUCGAGCACUGCUGCAACCCAUCACCAACCCCAUGCGUGCCAACGCACCAGCUCCACAUACUCCUGGCCGUAUUACUCUGAAGCCAAUCUUAAUUCGAGGCCGCAGAGCCGCACGAGCACCAACACUAAUUGGAUGAAGGCAACAGAUCACGUGGUAUCUCGCCAGUGCAGCAUCUCCUCGAUGCCGCAGCAGCAGCAUUCGGAGAUGUGCCACGCUCACGCCCAGAACAUGGUGCCAUAUCCGCAAUACCAACAGCGACAGCCAGAAAACAUGUUCAGGAACUGUUCCCUCUACGCCAAUAUCGGGUGUUCCGACAGCAGUCAGGAGUUGUACAGCUCGCAGACGAGCUCCGAGCAGACAUCGCCGGUGCGUGCUGCUGCGCGCGGUAGACGGCCGGAGUCCCCGCCGCCGAUUCGCAGCCACCACCAGCUGCUCUACGUGCCCUACAGCAGCCACCACCACUACCAACACGAAUACCCAGCUCAGUGGGCACCUAACGACUAUAACCGCCAAGUGCAAUCGUACUAUCAGCAGCAAGCUCGUAGUGGGGCCAGUACACCGCAGCCUAAUGCCGCCCUCCAGCAACGAGCUCAUUACAGCCACGCUCUGCAGUUGCAGAAUUUAUGCCCGGCCCCGGCAAGAUACAGGCCCGUACUUGCCGCGCAACCUGGCGGCGGAAAACAAAUGAUUUGCUAUUCCGAAAAGGUGGCACCACCGCUUUACCAGCCGGCUCCCGGAUCGCCGUCGCGAGUUCCCCGUGCUCCGCCAGAGGGCGCAGCGUCAGCCUCGCAGGCGACAUCGGCUACGUCACCACUAGCGCCACCGCAGAACCCGGUGUACUACGCCAUGAACGUCUGACGGGAAAAUCGUGGUAGAUGCUGCCGGCAUAGACGGUCACCCUUCAAGUAAACUUCGACAUUCAGCAUGAACACGACGGAUACUAAAAUUUCUCCAUAUCUAAUGUAUUUCAAUGUUUCUAAUAUAAUACGUUCUAUUUGAAAGCGAUGUAGUGAAAGUACAUGAAAACGGUAUGAAAAAUAAAUGUUGUAAUUUACGUAGUUGAAACAAAUGACAGCAAUUGCUAUGUUCAUUGGUAAAGAGUUAAAAUAUUUAAGGAAUACUAUGGUUAGGAGUUUAUUGCGACCUACACUAUAGUGGAAUCUCAACUUUUUUCACAAUAUUUAGGAAUUUUC